AUGGUCAGUGCCGAGGCCUCAACUGGUCCGGCCCAACCGAGUUGGGCAUACUAUCACUUCGGUGAAGGGGCUGUUAUUCCGUACAACAGCAACUUGUCCGAUUAUAAUAUUGAUGUCGCUGCGCUUAAGUCUACCCCCCCAAACAUCACAGGAACAACAUCCUAUGUGUAUGUGAACCAUACGGGGAACGAGACACCAGUAGAUAUAUAUGGCAAUCUUAAGGUACCCGACUACUUCGCCCUCAACCAUCGCGGCUAUCUAUACGCAGAGACCACGGGCACCUAUGCGGUUACCCUCGUCAACACAGAUGAUGUGGCCUACUUCUGGUACAAUACCACCGCAUAUACCGGGUGGAAUGUGACCAACUGGGAUAUGUACACCGACUUUGAAACGGCGGACAGUCUGCAUAUUGACCUGGUGGCUGGUCAGUACCUUCCAAUCCGCCUGGUAUUUGCCAAUGCACAGGGGACCGCCAGUUUGCCUUUCUCAAUCACCGCCCCCGACGGCUCGAUUGUGUUGGAUGCCAACUCCACAGCUUCUCCUUUUAUCGUGCAAUAUUCUUGCGACCGGGUCACAGCCCCCGAGUUCCCAUCAUUUGGCCACGAAGCUUGA